CCCCCAUUUCUCUCCAUAGCCCCUCCCUCUCCUCUUCCUCAUCCUCAUCCUCCUCCUCCGCUCCCAUUUUCCGGUGCAACCACAAAAUAGUUGAGAUCGCUGUGCUCCUAUGAUUGGAUCUUGACGCCUCUAGGGGAAAAGUUGUGAGAAGAGAAAGUUAGAAGAAACUGAAAUAAAGCAUGGCAAGAGAGCAACUACAAGUAUUGAAUGCACUUGAUGUAGCCAAAACACAAUGGUAUCACUUCACAGCCAUUGUAAUAGCCGGAAUGGGGUUUUUCACCGAUGCCUAUGAUCUCUUUUGCGUAUCUCUCGUUACUAAACUUUUGGGUCGAAUUUACUUUCACAAAGAAGGCUCAGACAAGCCCGGUGAAUUGCCUUCAAACAUAGCCGCUGCUAUAAACGGCGUCGCUUUCUGCGGAACCCUCUCUGGCCAACUCUUCUUCGGAUGGCUCGGUGACAAAAUGGGCCGCAAACGAGUCUACGGAAUGACGCUUAUGCUUAUGGUCAUUUGCUCUGUAGCUUCAGGCUUGUCUUUCAGCAGCACCCCAACGUCUGUGGUGGCCACUCUCUGUUUUUUCCGAUUCUGGCUUGGGUUUGGCAUCGGUGGCGAUUACCCACUUUCCGCCACCAUCAUGUCCGAAUAUGCCAAUAAAAGAACGCGAGGGGCUUUCAUUGCUGCUGUGUUUGCAAUGCAGGGGUUUGGGAUUUUGGCUGGUGGGGUGGUUGCAAUUAUUGUCUCCUCUGCGUUUGAUGCUAAAUACCCAGCUCCCUCGUAUCAGGAAAAUCCCACCGCCUCUACUGUCCCACAGGCGGAUUAUGUGUGGCGAAUUAUUGUGAUUUUUGGUGCUUUUCCGGCUCUUCUUACUUAUUAUUGGCGAAUGAAAAUGCCGGAAACUGCUCGUUAUACCGCCUUGGUUGCUAAAAAUGCAAAACAAGCAGCAGCCGACAUGUCUAAAGUUUUGCAGGUGGAAUUGGAAUCGGAGCAGGAAAAGAUUGACGAGGGAAAAUCGAAGAACGAUUUUGGGUUGUUCACAAUGAGUUUUCUCCGUCGACAUGGGUUACAUUUGUUGGGGACUACCUCUACUUGGUUUUUGUUGGACAUAGCAUUUUACAGUCAAAAUCUCUUUCAGAAAGACAUUUUCACUGCCAUCGGUUGGCUUCCUCCGGCAAAGACAAUGAACGCCAUUGAAGAAGUUUUCAGAAUAGCUAGAGCGCAAACUCUCAUCGCAUUAUGUAGUACAGUUCCAGGGUAUUGGUUCACCGUAGCGCUAAUCGACAGAAUGGGACGAUUUGCAAUUCAAUUGAUGGGAUUUUUCUUCAUGACGGUGUUCAUGUUCGCAUUGGCCAUUCCUUACCAUCAUUGGACAUUGGAAGCCAACAGAAUCGGUUUUGUUGUAAUGUAUUCACUAACGUUCUUCUUCGCGAAUUUCGGGCCAAAUGCGACGACUUUCGUGGUUCCGGCAGAGAUAUUUCCAGCAAGACUCCGGUCGACGUGCCACGGAAUAUCAGCUGCAUCGGGAAAAGCAGGGGCAAUCGUUGGGGCAUUCGGAUUUCAGUAUGCGGAGAAAGGGUUUGGAGUGAAGAAGACAUUGAUAAUUCUAGGGGUUGUGAAUGCUCUUGGGAUGUUCUUCACUUUGUUAGUUCCUGAAUCCAAGGGGAAGUCUUUGGAAGAAAUGUCCGGUGAAGGUAGAGAUGAUGAGGCUCAGAGCACAAUAGAGUCAAGAACUGUGCCUGUUUGAGAAUUUGUUUAUGCAUUUCCUCCUUUUCUUUUUUAUGUAGAAAAAUUUUAUGUGUUGUUGUGUCUUUUGUAUGGUGAGAUUAGAAUUAGAAUAUUCAGCUGAUUGUGUAUUGGGUGAAGAGAUGAUGUAGUGGCAAAUAACACAGAGACUUGUAUUUUGAAUUUGAUGGUUUUCUUUUAGUAAAUAUUUUUACAGGGAUUUUUAUCUAUACUUUGGGUUUUGUUGUUAUAAAAAUUACCAUGAGAUGAGGAGGAGAUUAUAUGUUAAUUGUCUAGUUGUUGUUUGUGAA